AGAUGAGUCACCCGCAGACAGGAGUCCAGAUGCUCAGGACGGUACCCACUUCGCAAGCUUCUGCUCUGCAAAGAGCUGGUCGAGCAGGCCGCGAAGCACCUGGAGAGGUUUUUCGUUUGUACGUGGAGUCAGAGUUUGACAAACUGCUAGCACAAACGCCAGCAGAGAUUCUCCGCGUUGAUAUGGCAUCUGUCUACAUGGACUUGAAGGCCCUAGGAAUCUCAAAGAUAGUCGACUUUCCUCUUGUGGACAGACCGCCGCGAGAGGCGCUGGAGAAAGCUGCCCACUUUCUCUGUCGCAUCGGGGCAUUGGACACCAAGGAUGAAUUGACGGACCUGGGCAGAAAGUUGGCAAUGAUGCCGCUUGAUCCUUUGUACGCUUAUUGUUUGAACAUGUCCUUCGAAUUUGACUGCACUGCGGAGAUCCUAAGCAUUAUUGCCAUGCUGUCAGCAGAUGCCCCGAUCUUUGCAACAUCGAAGCAGAGGGCUCAAACCAAGGCGUUUGAGCAUGAGGACGGUGAUCAUCUCUCCCUCCUGUCUGCAUUCAACCAAUGGAAGAAACACCAACACCAAAAGGUGUUUGCUUCACAAAAUGGUCUCAAUCAUGCAGCACUCGAAAAAGCAGUCACUAUUCGGAAGCAGUUGAAGGAUGUCCUGCACCAAGCUUGGGGAGCAGCGCAGAUUUCGAGCUGCGGAGGGCCAAAGAAUUGGGCAACAGUGCGGAGGUGCCUCUUGAAGGGCCUCUUUACACAGUCGGCGCGCCGAGAUGAAGUGAAUCAGAAUUCUUACCGAACUUUUCUCUCAAGACAGGAGGCCAAGUUGCAUCCGACAAGUGUCCUUCAUCGGCGUCAACUACCGCCGUUGUAGCCCUGGAUCAUGGACGCAUCAAUUGUCUGGCAGAGGCCCUGCGUCAUCUACAACGAAUUGGUCAUCACAGCCAAGAGCUAUUUGCGAGUCGUCAC